AGCGAGCAUCGCUCUCGGUUGUUUCACGGACUCAUCGGUAUCACCGACGUUCUUCUCAACUACGCAAGUUUCGAGCCUAAACUACAGUAAAUGGUCGUAGUCAGUGCUGCAAACUCGCUCUGUCUUCGGAUUAGAGCGUAGAAAAAAAAAACAUACAAGUUCGUCUUCCUUUCUGAAGCGCAUCCACCAACGGCGAUGGAUUCCAACGGAAAAGAAUCACCGCAGGGAAAGCCCGAGGAAUACCAUCCGUUGAGACAACACCAGCGCGACAACCAGGCGACCGACGGCGGCACCAGCCGUGAAAACAGGAUGACAGAUGAGAGCGGCGCAGUACGUUCCGUGGAGAAGAAAAGCACGUUGUCUCCCCUCGCACCUGUAUUCGUGCCGAAACACUUCAAGAUCCAACUGAAGGAAGACAACCAUUCUGCUGUCAAUGAGCCCUACUCUUACCCAAUGGUGGAGCUGCUGGGGUUCAUCAACGACGUGACCCUGAGUCCUGCCGAGUUUGACGCCAAGAUUGUCUACCUCACAAACGCUCUGGAGUGUGUGUCUGACGUGAAAGGCCUCACUGCAGUCGUCGACGCCAUUUUCGACAAAGGCGUGAACGAGCCAAACUUCAGGUAUAGCGGGGCACGGCUCUGCAACCACCUGGGGAACAAUCUGCACAUCAAGAACCUCGAAGAUGACACCUUCACGAACCUGCUGCUGGACCGGUGUCACGUGGAGUGCCUCAGACGCAGCGACCUCGCAGCUGGAGAUUUCGGCGGCCCUUACCUGCGGGGACUGCUGCUGUUCAUCGCUGAGCUCUUCUCACAGAUGGUGUUCUCCAGAGAGGACAGUUCGUACAAGGUGAAGCACGUGGCAGCCUGCAUUCCGGACAUGAUGCACACACUUCUGCAGGCCAUGAGCAAAGAUAACAUCAAAUGCACCAUCCAAGUGCUCAAGCUGACCGGUGGCAACCUGGAAGACCUCGAAAAGGCCGGGACCCCCGGCGGGGAGACGCCAAACAUGGACAGCCUGUUCAGCAAGUUGAGCGAGUUGGCCCAGAGAAGCGACAUUGACGCGACGUCAGAGAGAAUGAUAAAAAACGUGCUUGACCUCCGUGAAAAAAACUGGGGGCGAACGUCCACACCCUCCGACUCUCCCGCCAGCUCGGCGGCAGAAGACAGCUUGCCGAUCUUGUGCGGUCCCGACGGCAUUCCCCUGUCCAGAGAGGAGGAGGUGUUCCUCGAAAGACAGUUUGCAAAUUUCCACUGCAACGAUGGCGACUACUCCAACAACUUCGACAACGAGGAAAUGGACGACGAGAUUGCAGCGGCCUACGAGGAGUUCCUGUUGCAGUCGGGCCAGUGACGUGUCAUGGGGGGAUUGGGGCCGCGAAUGCGUUGCAUUGUCCAACAUUUUAAGAACAAUGCCAUUCACACACAUACACACACCUUUUGUAAGUAGGCAGGGACUAUUUUUGUUAAUUCUGUCUCUAUUACGUUCAGGCCAUUGAGUUGAGGACAGCGAACUUGUACAUUUCAACGCACAAAGUGCUCUUGGGGCGUCUUGUCGGAUGGAAAUAAAACCUUUUGCAGCGAA